AUGAACAAGGUCCUCGUCGCUCUCGCUCUCUUCGCCCCGGCCUUCGCGGCCGACGAGUGCGCCGUCACCGAGGUCGACGUCCACUCGACCGAGGGCUCGGCCGACCGCGGCUCGCUCGAGCUCGACGAGGCCAACCCCUGCAUCGACGCGGCCCUGGGCUACGCGCCCCUCCGCGACGACCUCGCGAACGUGCCCUGCGACGACGCGGGCGCCCAGUCCGCCACGGACGUCACCGUCGGCGCCGUCGGCGAGAUGGACCCGGGCCUCGACCCCAUCGAGGACUACAACGCCAUGGGCAUGUGCACGGUCAACAUCCACUGGCACAUCGGCGCGGAGCACCGCUCCGAGGGCGUCUACGACGAGACCUUCGACUUCGACCACCCCGCGCUCCACGACGACGACGCGCACCGCAAGCUCGCGUGGACCAACGGCAAGCAGCGCCCCAACGGCCGCCGCAAGCUCGCCGGCGGCCGCGUCGGCCACAUGUGCAAGAACGCCAAGGACAUGCACGACGCCAACGACCCCAUGGUCGCCGACGAGUACGACUGGAAGUACUGCGAGGGCAUGCACGUCGGCCUCACCUACGAAUUCCACUGGCCCCACUCGUCCCUCGGCGCCUGCCAGACCAAGUGGCAGUACCAGUACCACUUCCUCGACGGCGUGCUCUGCGGCGCGACACAGGGCAACGUCGACAUCGCGACGGCCUCCGCGCUCCUCUCCGACCGCACGCACGGCAUCGGCGUCGAGGGCCAGGUCUACACCAUCGGCUCGACGACGGGCGACGCGGCGGACAACGAGAUCUGCCGCGGCACGGGCGGCCUCGUCACCUGGCACCAGGACCGCCAGUGCCACCUCCUCGAGGCCUCGACCAUGGACAACAUCUGCCGCCAGAUGCUCGUCAUCUCCGCGGACGACAUGUCGCCCGACGUCGCGCCCCACGGCGCCCGCGAGACCGUCAGCGCCUCGCUCUCGGACACGCCCUACACGCCCUAA